UUUGAGUCACUGUGCACAGUCGUCAGCAGCGCUUGUGCUCUCCUCUCCUCUCUCGAUGCGAUUUUCGGUUCCGUUUCGUUGGCGGUGUGCGUCCGCGUCCACGUCCACGCAAACACAAGCAAACAUGGUAUUCACACACACUCUCUCGCAUUGGCACAUCACAUGCACGGGUACCAACACCAAGGCAGCCGCGCUGCUCGUCGUUUUUGAGUUCUUUGCAUCCGCGUCUUGCGCCCCAAUGCGAGUUGCCUUGUGCAUGCCAAAGAUUUCAGAUCGGAAAGCAGCAGCAGCAGCAGCAGCAGAAGCUCGGCUCGCGACACGCGCAACGAUUUCAGGAGUUAUCCAUAUCGAUACCAGAUCUUAGCGACUCUAUAAAUAUUAAUUUUUUUGCAUUGUGAAGCUCAAUUAAAACUAAGAGCCUAAUUAGACGGUGUUUGGUGGUUCAGUGGACAGGUUGCUCGCGUUUGCCGGCGGCAUUUGCAAUUCAAGUGCGAUCGCGUGAAAAUGCUCGAGUGAUUUUUUGUUUGUUGUGUGACAAUUACAAACCGAUAUCUCAGAAGCUACAUAUAUAGCAAGAAGUAACAAUAUAAUUGGAAUAAAUCGAUUGGAAUAAGCCAUGAGGAGUUCAGCAAAAUCAAGCAAAUUCAACGAUUUAUAAACUAAAAUCUUUGAAAGUAUUUAUAAAAUUUACAAAAACUAAUAGCUACAUAUAUAACAAUAAAACAAAAGACCUUCUACAUAAAUAACGUUACCUAAAAAUACAAGCUUAAAUACUAUUACAAAUAAUUCAACAAUUCGUAUAAUAAUGCACAAAUAUUUAAAUAUAAUAAAGUUUUCUGCUAAAAAGGUGCUUAACAAUCUAUUCAAUCAAGAGUCUACAAAUAAGGGAUUAAUAACCAAGUGAAAAAUAACCAUAAACAAUAUAUACCAAUAUAUUAAAUAAAUACUUCAAACAUACAUUAAUCGAAUAAAUUUGACAAGUCCUUGAGCUAAAGCUGAAUAAAUUCGACGUACACAUGUAUAACCGCACUAAUAAUCAAUAAUAUUCUAAUAAAUUGUGCUGAAAGCUCUCGACGCGCGUUUAAAAAUACUUUCCCCUCUUGCAAUCCGAAAAAUGCUUCCCAUAAGGAGCUCCUACAACUAGUCGGGGUAGAAAACUGUGAGAAACACAGCUAGGGCUACGGCUACAGCUACAGUCCCAACUGGAAUUGCCAAGAUCAAGGACAUUUGAAUAUUCUGGGAUGGUUUCGGAGGAGAACUGGAACAGCGACACCAUGUCUGACUCGGAUAUGAUCGACUCGAAGAACGACGUGUGCGGCGGGGCCUCCAGCUCCAGCGGGAGUUCAAUCUCCCCGCGCACACCGCCCAACUGUGCCCGCUGUCGAAACCACGGCCUGAAGAUUACCCUGAAGGGCCACAAGCGAUACUGCAAGUACCGCUACUGCACGUGCGAGAAGUGCCGGCUGACGGCGGACCGCCAGCGGGUGAUGGCCCUCCAGACGGCCCUGCGGCGAGCCCAGGCGCAGGACGAGCAGCGCGCCCUGCACAUGCACGAGGUGCCGCCUCCGUCGACGUCAACUACUGCCCUGCUGGGCCACCACCACCACGUCGCUGCCACCGCCCACGUUCACACUCAUCACGUCCAUCCGCACCACAGCCAUGGCCACCACUCGCACUCGCACCACGGCCAUGUGCUGCACCAGCACCAGCAGAUAGUGGCUUCAGGCGCGGCAGCUCCUUCGCAGCCGCCGCAGUCCCACCUGAGUGGGGGCCACAAUGGGGCAGGAGCCGCAGGGCCAGCCACCGCCGCCAGCUUGCAUGGUCACGCUCAUGUGCACCAAGUACACAUGGCGGCUGCCGCGGCCGCCACAGUGGCUCAUCAGCAGCAGCACCACCAGAGCCACCAGCACCAGCAUCAUCCGCACCACCAGCAUCCACAGCACCAGCCACAGCACACGGCGCUCCGAUCUCCUCCACCCAACGAGCACGCCGGAAGCAUUGGACCAGCUACCAGCAGCUCAGGAGGCGGAGCCAGCUCGAGCAGUGGCGCCGUUGCCACAUCAAGCAGCGCAUCAAGCAGUGGCGCAGGUGUUGGUGGAGGCGGAAGCGGAAGCGGCAGCGGCAGCGGCGUUGGUGGACGGGCCGGCAGUGGCGGGGUCAGUGUCAUUACUAGUGCCGAUCCGCACAUGUCCACGGUCCCCACACCAGCCCAAUCGCUGGAGGGCUCCUGUGAUUCAUCAUCUCCCUCGCCAUCGUCCACAUCCGGCGCCGCCAUUUUGCCGAUCUCAGUCUCCGUUAAUCGCAAGAAUGGCGCCAAUGUACCGUUGGGCCAAGACGUUUUCCUAGACUAUUGCCAAAAGCUAUUAGAGAAAUUCCGAUAUCCCUGGGAGCUGAUGCCGCUCAUGUAUGUGAUACUGAAGGACGCUGACGCAAAUAUCGAAGAGGCUUCCCGUCGAAUCGAAGAGGCACGUGUAGAAAUAAAUCGUAUUGUAGCCCAAAUCUAUUACAACUACUACACACCGAUGGCUUUGGUGAACGGAGCACCGAUGUACCUGACCUAUCCGAGCAUCGAACAGGGCCGCUAUGGAGCGCACUUCACCCACCUGCCCCUCACCCAGAUUCGUCCGCCGACGCCCGAGCCACUGGCCCUGAGCCGGUCUCCAUCCAGCCCAAGCGGAGCAGCCGCCCAUCCUCAUCAGAAACACUCGCGGCCCGGGAGCAGCAACGGCACCGUGCACUCGGCCGCCUCGCCAACAAUGGUCACCAUGAUGCCAACCACCUCUACGCCCACCCACCGCCAAAGGUCCCGCUCGGGCACGCCCCCCACGCCGCCUCCGCCGCCACCAGCACACAGCAGCAGCAACGGAGCCUACCAUCAUGGCCACCAUCUGGUCAGCUCCACGGCUGCCACGUAGCAGUAUCGCAAUGUUGCCGCCGCUGUGGCGGCAGCAGCAGCGGCAGCUGUCCUCUUUGUCGAUAAUUAAUGGUAUCAGCCAGCUUGAUUGGAGGUCAGAUCCCAGGAACGAACACAAAUCCCACAACCCGACUACUGCACGAAUGUUAUAUGUAUGAUAUCUAACCAACGUAUGGUAUAUUUUAAGUUAAAUUAUAAAACAAUAUAGCACGAACAGUAGGAAUAGGCUAUCCCAAGAACACGUUUUCAAAUUGAUCUCAAACCAAUCUUAAAUAAACAAAAAUAUCCCUAUAUAUUAUGUAAAGAAAGCUUAUCUCGUUAAUGAGUGAUCUGCGAAACUUGAAGAUCAUCUAUUUCUAGUUAAUCAAAAUUCGUUAUUCAUAUGUAAUAUAUACAUAUACAUAUAUGUUUCAUUUAACUAUGAAAACUUUCUCUGCGAGUAACUUUUCGGAAAUCUAUCACUGACCUGCACAAAUUAAACAAGUUCUUCUAAACUACUGUAGACAUAGACACAUAGACAUGCGAGUAUAUAAACGACUUCUAGUCCAAGGCAUGAGCACGUCCAUUCGGAUCCUUCAACACGAACGUGUACAGCAUCUGGUAGUACCGUCAUGGGGAAUCGCGAUCACAUUUGUUCUACUCGUAUAGUUCUUACAUAUGAUAUGAGAUUAUCAGCUUGAAGUAACCAGAUGAUAAUUAUAUACAUCCAAUUAUAUCCAAUUAUACAUAUGUAUUUAUGCACGAGUAUAUAUGCAUACAUAUAUCAGAUAAAUAUAUUACACUUUCUAGGGCUGUGCGCUGCCAUGUAAAGAGAGCAUGCGGUUUAAUACUUUGUGAGAACUGAUCUAGCAGAUCUGAAAAUAGUGUAGCGUUGGCUAUAUAGAAACUUUACUAAACUUAAGACUAUUUUUUUCUCUUACGCAUUACCGGUUUUUAUCCUCUGUACAGUUUUUCAAUACAAGAACAAAAAACAACCAAAAAUGUUAUGCUAAUCAAAUUGUAGUUGAAUUUGUUUGUAUUCGCUUAAGCAGACAAAGCUAUUAAGGAAGAUUAAGAUUAUAUAAAGUAAGGAAAUUAAACAUUAAUAAUGCAUACAUUUCAAUUUAAACGGAACUCUUUGUAAAACACUAAACAAUUCAAAUGGUAUCGUAGCUAAUUUAAAUACAAGUGCUUCAAAACAAAGAAAUACAAAAUAAAAUAAAAACAAC